AAUUUGAUGAAACGCAAUGGAUGUGACUUAAACCUUUUGUUUCACAGCCAAUAUCAUUGAUACUAGGGUUAGUUAAGGAGAAUCGAUCACGGCAGUUAAAAUAGCAUUUAUCUAGAAAAGAUUCUAGAUAGAAGAGAUCUAGAAUCUAGAUCUAGAUCUAUCAUCAUUUUCAUUAAAUGUCAGUCAGGACGAAUUCGAGGCUUGAGAUCGUUUACGUGUCGUAGAAUCUAAACUAGAUAUCUAGAUCUAGUUUACCAAAUAAAUAUAAGUAAAAGGUAGAACAAAAACAAUGUCGUCCGGAAGAAGGCCAAAUAAUAUGGGCCUUAUGCUACUUGGCACCCAGGUGAUGAACUAUGGAGUAAAAAACAUACCACCUGUUACUCUAGCAUUGAUGGCUGGGCAGACCGCUAUUUUUCUCGACUUUUUCCCACAGCAUUUUCCAUCACCGAUGAGCGUCUGUGUAAGUUCAUACUUAGUAUACUACCACAAAGACUGGAUGCGUAUGAUAAAAUCAACAUUCGUUCAUGGUGAUGAUAUGCACCUCUACUUCAAUAUGCUGAGUUUGUUGUACAAAGGGACCCUUCUAGAAAAAUAUUUUGGCAGUUUGUACUUUGCUUAUUUGAUUGCUGUGUUCUCUGCUGUGACUAGUAGCACUUAUGUAGGGAUUGGCCUUCUUCUGGGUCACAUUCAGCAGAGUUAUCUUAUGUCCUGUGCCGUUGGAUUUUCUGGUGUCCUUUUUGCUUUGAAAGUCUUGGUAACCCACUACAGCCCAGCAAGUGUCAAGGUCAUAUAUGGCAUUCCCUUUAACACCAAGUACGUCUAUUGGGUGGAGCUUGUCCUUAUACAGAUGGCAGCCCCUAAUGCCUCCUUUGUUGGUCAUCUGGCUGGUAUACUUGUUGGCUUGGCUUAUGUAAAAGGUCCAUUAAAAUUUUUAAUGGACAUAUUUUAUCCAUUUGGAAUUCAGACUAACAGACACUUUAGUAGUGACACAGGUUCAAGCAGACAUCAACAACGGCAACGGUUUCAGUUUAGCGGACGUACAGGUUACAGACCAAGUACCCAAGCAAGGUCCCAACCACGCCCUUUUUUUACAGGUACCCCCACUGAGGGCCUGAGCUUUCCAGAUGGUCCCACUAGCCCCCCACCCCAGAGGUCCUACAACAACGACACUGGCUCAUCCUCCCGCAGUGCACCCCACCCCUCCACAGCUAGGCAGCCGUACACAGCAACAGCACAGUCUGCCCCUUACUCCACACACCAGCGGACAACACCAAGCGCCCCGCCUCUUGAUACUAAUCAGCAUAACUCGGUGGAUCCAGCAGUUUACACAGGAGGGCUAGAUGAAGAUGAACAGUUGAGUUUGGCCAUCAACGAAAGCUUAAAACAGAGUUUUAAUCCUUCCUCAUCAUACAGCUAUCAAGCGAUGCGUCCAAAUUUGAGUGAACUACGAUCAAAGAGAGCAAAAUUCUACCAAUAAUUUUUCAACUGCAAGCCCAGAUUUGAUUGAAUUAUGAUAAAAAGGAACCAAAUUUUACUAAUAAUUAUUUAACAUCCUGUUUAAAUUUAGAAGUUAAAAUUUUUAAAUCCAUCACUUGUUGUAAAUUUGAAUAUUUAUGGUGGAUUUAUUUUUUUAAAAUGUAAAUAUCAUGUAAUGUUAUCAUGGUAUUGACAGGGGUAAUCUUUUGGUUUCUCUUGCUUGAAAUACUGGUAUAAGGUUGUAACAAAAUUUUAUUUCUGAAUUCUAACAGAUGUAUUUUUAAAAGUAUGAUUGUUCUACAUUGAAUGAUUUCAACAACAGAAAAUCAGUUUUAAUAGUAGAAAUCAAUUAAUUAUUGCAUAAUCAUAUUUACAAGGAUAUAAUUUAGGUUUUGAAUAUGAAUUUAUCAAUUAAAUAAAAAUAUUAGUGAGUGAUAGCUGAUAUUAUAAAUUAUAACUAGAAAAAGUUGAUUUCCUGUUACAUUCAUUUUUUGAAGACAAUGAUUUAAUUUGUAAAUAAAAUGUACUGUACAUAUCUUUGGUCUAUAAUGAAUUAAGUCACCUCAUCUGUAUGUAGUCAGCCAUCAGGGUCCUAUCACUAUUGUCAAAAUAUUUAUUUCAUUUCUAAAUUUAUGAUGAGAAAACAAAAAUAUUAUUUCUAUUGCUGAAUAACUGAAACAAUUUUUAAAA